AUGAAGCUCUAUGCACUCUGCGCUUUCCUGAUCCUUGCUCUGGUGGCAGUCCAGGCCAAGCCUGGUCACCACAGAAACAAUGGCUUCGGAGGACCCGGUGGCUACCAACAGCCUUACUACGGAGGUGGUGGCCAAUCUCAGGCCACGGCCACCGCCAGCGCCAGCGCUAACGCCGGUAGCCAAGGAGGCUACCAAGGAGGUCCCGGAGGCUACGGUGGUCCAGGAGGCUACGGUGGUCCAGGAGGCUACGGUGGUCCAGGAGGCUACGGAGGAUACCGAGGAUAA